GGGUAUUAGCUUUUGGCGCUUAAACCAAACCAUCGCCGGAGGGGUUUCACUUUCGGUUAUCUCUUCUUCAACGGAAUGGCGUCCACUUCCAAUUCCAAUUCAACUGGCGUUUCCGAAAGAAUCAAAUCCGCUGCCACUAUUAUGAACUCUGAGAAUCAAUCCCUCCUUGCCGAAUUACGGAAGUCGCUGAUCAUGAUGAAGGAAAUCGGGGUGGAAUUGGAGAGGGACAAUCAGUCGAGGAUGGUCAAGGAGCUUGAAAAUUCUGUUGUUGAGCUGUUGGGUACUUAUGAAAAAUGUAGCAACUUUUCAUCUGCAAUUCAGUCAGUUGGAAAUAUAUAUGAACCACAAGAAGAGUUAACAGAUUUUGAGAAACUACUUGACGAUGAAGUUGCAAAAGUCAGCGAAAAUUCGUCUUCAAAUUUGCAGAACCAUUCAAUAAUUCGACAGUUUAGAGAAGCUAUUUGGAAUGUUCAUCACGCAGGACAACCAAUGCCUGGUGAGGAGCAGGAGGACGUUGUGAUGACCAGUACUCAGUGUAAUCUAUUGAAUGUCACUUGCCCGUUGAGUGGAAAGCCUGUCACUGAAUUGGCAGAACCUGUUCGAAGUACGGAAUGCAAGCACGUCUACGAAAAGGUUGCCAUAAUGCAGUACCUAAAAUCCAAGAGAUCACGAGCUCAAUGCCCUGUUGCUGCCUGUCCCAAGAUGUUGCAGCCUGAAAAGGUCAUUUCUGAUCCAUUCUUACCGAUUGAAAUUGAUGAACUACGCAAAACGUCUAAGCAUUCAGUGAGGAUACAGGAUUUCACAGAGGUUGAUGCAGAUUAACAUCACUGAAGUAACUUCUUUUACAUAUUUUGUCAUUGUCUUAGUAGAUUUCUUGGAUCAAAUGUUCUGCUUGGUAACUUUAGCUCGUUAGGGAUGUUCAUGGUUAUCUAUAUCUAUCAAUAUGAAUUGUCUCUAUUUAUGUUCGAAUGGAGAAUUGUGGCUUCAUU